AGUCAUUUCACUUCUAAGUGAUCUUAAGUUUUUACGUAUCCUACUGUAUUCGCGUGAUCUCUUUGAAUUCCAAAGGAAUUCUAUUUCUUUUUCUUCGUUUAUUUUUUUUUUCCUUCUCUUUUUUUUCUUUUUUUUUUUUUUCACGUUGGCACGUAUGAUGUACGACGUGCAAGUGGGAAUUAUAAACGGAAAUGUAAACGAAAAUACGCGGUAGAAAAGAGUGGAAUAAGAGAGGGUGGCGGGUAAGAGAAAAAUUAUCAUUAAGAAAGGCGACUCGAGUAGGCGAAUGUAAACAAAAAGACGUAAACAAAAAGGACAGCAUGUCGACGAAUCAUUAAAAGAGAAUAAAUAAAUGAAUCAAACCUAAAAAUAAAAACGGGCCUAAGAAAAACUGAAUGGAUUAAAGUGGCCGGUUCUAUUUUUUAUUAUUAUUAUUUUUUUUUAUCAUUAUCAUUAUCAUUAUUAUUCUUUCCUGAUCGACAAAAGUGUUGUUGUGAAAUUGUUAUAUAAAAAAGAAAAAAAAAAAAAGAAAGAGACAGAGAAAGAGAGAGAGAAAGAGAGGGAGUUGGAAGAGGGAGAAAAUAGAAGGAAAGAGAAAGAAGAUACGAGCGUUUUUUUAUAGUGAAAAGUAUUUACGUAGAAAAACUUGAUUAGAAGAAAAUGUGGUGGUUCUUGUUAUUGAUAUUCUUGCAAAGGAUGCAACACGUUCGUGGUGCGUGCGAGCCCAUAAGGAUAGAAAUGUGCCGUGGUUUGGGUUACAACGUGACCGCCAUGCCGAAUUUGGUGGGCCACGAGAUUCAAGGAGACGCCGACUUCACCCUACAAACGUUUAGCCCGUUGAUUCAGUACGGAUGCAGUGCUCAGCUUCAUUUAUUCCUUUGCUCGGUAUACGCACCAAUGUGUACGGAAAAGGUACCUUCGCCGAUCGGCCCUUGUAGAGGUUUAUGCGAACAAGUCAGAGCAAGAUGUUUUCCAGUUCUUCAAGGUUUUGGUUUUCCUUGGCCAGCUGCUUUAAAUUGUUCCAAAUUUCCACCGGUUAACAAUCAUCAACAUAUGUGUAUGGAAGGACCAGGUGAACCAGGUCCCGCUAAUCCUAUCCAGGCAGUCGGUGCCGGUGGUGGACCUUGGGGCUGUUCGUGGUACGCCAAAUCUGGCUUAUACGUAUUUCUAAAUCGUUCUGGAAGAUGCGCGGCAGCUUGCGAUGCCGAUAUACUUUGGUCGCAAAAGGAUAAGAAAGCUACGGAAGCUUGGAUGGCAGCGUUUGCUACGGUUUGCCUGAUUUCCGUCACUAUUGCGAUCUUAUCAUUGUUGAAGCCAAGAAAACAAUCUGCUGUUAUGAGUACGGCUGAGAAAGCAAUUACAUGUCUCGCCGUUUGUCAUGGGAUCGUUGCAGUAGGUUACGUGAUUCGAUUAGCUGCUGGAAGAUUGACCGUAGCUUGUACCCCUGCAAUCCCGUUACAUCCCCAAGAUCAAGCGGUCAUAUCUCAACAUCAACAACAAUAUUUGACCCAAGAUGGAUUAGCGAAUCCUUAUUGCGCUGUUGUCUUUCUCUUAUUGUAUUAUUUUGGGAAUGCGGCUAUCGUAUGGUGGGUCAUCGUUUGUGCAUGGUGGUGCAUAGUCGCGAGAAAAUGGUCGCGAACGGCAGGUAAUUGCAAGGAGGAUAGUUUCGGUCUACAGCAGGGGUUCUCAACCGUGGGAGCGGUUGCAGCAUGGGGACUUCCAGCAGCUCAUACGAUCGCCGUUUUGGUCACUAGGGAUGUCGAUGCUGAUGAACUAACGGGAAGUUGCUUCGUAGGACAACAAAAUGCCCGAUCACUUCUUGUUCUUGUACUAAUACCACAAUUCGUAUAUCUAUGUUUGGGUACAACGUUCCUUCUUGUCGGUAUAACGUCACUUCUGUUACCAAGACCAUUGGUAACACCAAGCUCAGUUAUGAGUGCACUUCAACAACAACAACAACAACAACAACAGCAUCAACAACAACAACAACAACAACAACAGCAACAACAGCAACAAUUGCAACAACAACAACCACCACAACAACAACAACAACAACAUCCAAAUCCAUUGAUCAGACAGAGAGAUUCGUCAAAGUCACCGGUUGAAAUACAUAGGAGACAUAAAAUAUUAUUAACCAGAGUUGGUCUCUUUGCGACCUUUUAUGCUGUUACAAUGUUUUGUUUAACCAGUACAACAUUUUACGAAUGGUGGGGACGUGAAAGAUGGCUCAGAGCACCAGAACCAUCGAGUUCACCAAGAGUACCGUCGAAACCUCUCGUACAGUUUUUCGUUCUUCGAUUAGUAGCCACUUUGGGUAGUGGCAUAAUUACAGCCGCUUGGAUUUGGUGGCCUAAUUUAAUGAACGUUUGGAGACGUUUACCACCGUGCAAACAACCACCUCACAAAUGUCAUCCCCAUGGAGUACCUGUACCUGUAGUACAUUGUUUCAAUCCAGGUUCGACAAGUCCAACGCCACAUCAAAUUCAUCAUCUUGGUCAUUUGGCUCCACCGCAGCAUACGCUUUUACAUCAACAUCAAAUAGUUGAUUCAUAAAAAGAUAAAAUAAAAAAGAAAAAGAAAAAGGAAAUAAUUUUACUAUUUGUAGAGGUUGUACAACAUGGAUUUAAAUUCUACGCCAUUGAAGAGCAAGGUAUGAUUGCUCUGUACCACAGCACAAUGCCAGUCGGUUUUACAUAAUCAGGGUGUGGUAUUCACGGAAGUGUACAACCAUUACAGGAAA